GAAAUGACGAUCGGACGAGCAUGUACAAGUCCUCAUUCAUAGGUCUGUUUUAAAAUACCUUCAUCUCGUCAACGACAAACAUUCAGAACGAUCAGAAAAGUCGGUAUUGCCAUGGAGUUUGAAACGCGAAUAAGAAGAGCGGCAAUUAAAAUCCGAAGUCAACAAAGGAUCUGAACCUUCCAACGCUUUCCAAAUUUACUGCCGACCGUUCAACUUAUCUAUCCAGUAAACACAUGUGGCCGGUCAGUUGUGUAGUGACAAGUUUUGUAAGUACGUGCACGUGUGAAUUUCAAAAGUUAUUUCUGGUUUUUCAAGAUAUACAUCAAGUAUUGGUUGUGAAUCAAAAUCUAGCAAAACCUAUUGAAGGUAUCAUUAGGGGUCGUGGUUUUGGAAAAUUUGACAAAAUAGGAUCAGAUUGUAUUUGUAAUCGACCAUACUCUCAUAUCAUUUGUUUAAAUUGUGGUUAUUUGAUGUUUGGUAGAGUCAGAUAUGGUUGUCCCAAACACAAAAUGGUGACAUUUUUAAUUGACAUUACUAACUGUCCCAAGUGCAAAGCGUUUGAAUACAUGCUAGAAGAAUUCACAAUUCAGGACUCAGAACAUAACAGUAUUCAAGAAAAUAAUUUGGAUAAUGAGGAAGAAGAUGAAGAUCUGUGAGAUAGAUGUA